AUGUCAACACCAGUCCAGGAAGGCGAUCCUCCCGUGGAAACAAAAGCAACGGGGGAUCAGCCUGAUCAGAAAAGUGUGCCCGCCUCCCACCACAAGAACAACAACCGUCAUCGUCGCCGUUCGAACACUAAAGGAGAUGGAGAUGGCGCGGAUUCAUCGCGUAGUGGAAGUCGAACCAAUAGUCAGUCGGGAAACAAAGAUCGCCCACGUCGCAAAGAUUGGACGGAAAGAAAGAGCUUGAGUCAGGGUGCCAAAGCCGAUGGAGAAAGCAAGAAUAAUCAACGGAAUAAGGAGAAGGACAACAACCCAGCACAUAAGAGAACAAGAAGUACAAACUGUGAGCGAUUACUCCUAUGA